AUGUUGACGAAUAAACUCGGUAUUCCUGCGUUCGAAGAAAUAUUCAAACAAAUCAAAGUCAACUUUUGGUUAAUAGGUAUUCCCUUUGACGAGAGUAUAAAGCUGCGUUAUUACUUUUUAUUGUGUUGGCUGAUUGUUAUGGUGCUACAGGAAUUUAUGUUUUUCAUAUCAAAAUUUUCCGCUGAAAAUUUCCUCGAUUUGACGGAACUAGCUCCUUGUAUAUGCAUUGGUUUAUUAUCAAUAAUUAAAAUAAUGUUAAUUUGUUAUAAAAGGAGCAGUAUUUCCAAAUUUACAGAUAGUCUCAAAGCAUUAUACAAAGAAAUUGUCAUUGACGAGAAAAAGAUACUGCUCGUAAAGCCCAACUUCGUCUUUCUGAAAUAUCUUACGAAAUAUUUCUUCAUUCUGAACGGGAUUCUUAUAAGCGUUUAUAAUUUUUCAACAAUAUUCCUCAUAUUGUAUCACUAUCUUAAGAACGAUGAAAUAAGGUUCAUUUUACCGUACGCUAUUAUGAUGCCGUUCUCUGUUGAUUCCUGGGGUAAAUGGCUUUUUAUUUAUUUGCAUUCGAUAAUAAAUGGUUUUAUAUGUGUGUUAUAUUUUACUACUGUUGAUGGACUUUAUUAUGUUAUGACAACGCAUAUUUGCAGUCAUUUUAUUAUCUUGAGUGAAGAAAUAAAAAAAUUGCAGCCGGAAACAUCGCAUUUGUUGAAUGAAAUAGUGAAAAAACACCAAUAUAUCUUAAAACUGUCUCAAGAUUUAGAGGAUAUUUUUACAGCGCCCAAUUUGUUUAACGUUCUAGUUGGUUCCAUUGAAAUAUGCGCACUUGGAUUCAAUUUAACGAUGGGCAAGUGGUCUCAAAUACCAGGGGUAGUAUUAUUUUUACUAUCAGUGCUAUUACAAAUUCUCACGAUAAGUGUUUUUGGUGAAAACAUCAUUGGAGAGAGUCGAAAAAUAGGAGAAUCUGCAUACCUUUGUAAGUGGUACACUAUGGAUAAAAAAUCCAAAAAAAACAUUUUACUUCUAAUGCUCAGAUCCAAUAAACCACAAAAGCUAACGGCGUAUAAGUUUUCAGUCAUUUCCUAUGAGAGUUUCACAAAGAUCAUCAGCACUUCGUGGUCAUAUUUUACUAUACUUAAAACUGUAUAUAGAUCACCCGAAGGCGUGUUUAAUGAAUUUAACUAA